GAGGGAGGGGGGGAGAGGUGAGCAGAGCUCACACGUCGCACUAUCAACUGGAUCCAUCUGAGGAAACAACUCACGGGGAGUCCGGGCUCUGCGCUGCGUAAGGAGGCUUCUGGAGGCACGUUUGACGGGCGGACGGACGCGGCUGGCCGGCAUGGCCCGUGGAGAGCUCCUCGGCGGGUGUGUCCUCACCGUUCGGCUGGAGCGCGGAAGGGGAGAGGUGGGAGCCGCGUACACGCCACUGCCGCUUUCGGUCGCUCCUCGGGCGGUGUUGUUGAGUUAAAAAAGGUCUCUGAAUGCAAAUGUCAGCCUCCUUGGACUCUGCCCUGGUCGGGGACCAGCAGUGCGUGAGGGACAGGCGAGUGGAGCCCGCGGUGGCUCUGUACUGCGUGGCUUCAAAUUGGCCCCGGCUGAGCUCUGCAUGGAGCACAGAGUGAAGAGUCCUGCUAUGGUCUGAUGUCUCAGCAUGGAUGGAGUCAGUCAGAGGACUGGCCACCACUAAUGAGACCAUUGUUUUUCAGCUGAGGACUAGCAUUUACAGGAUUACUCCCACGUUUUCUUGUUCUUUUCCAGAUAACUGCAUCAUAACUUUACUUCUCUAGUUGGACUGUUGGUCGGUCGGGUUUUCGGUGGAUAUAUACGCCAUUGCCUUUCUGAUUUUCAUAUUUGAUCCAUUAAUUUUUUUUGUUCUCUUUUUAAAAUAUAUUUUUGUUUUCCCUUUUUGUUUUUCACUAUGGAGAUUCUGACUGGACCCUGGAAUAAAGAUUGGGCGUCAUUCUUGCAAUUUUGGUUGACUGUCAUCCUAAGCCUCCAAAUGCAAAUUAGUCCGGGUGCCUCUUGCCCAGUAGAGUGUCGUUGUGACCAGCUCUUCGUGUACUGCAACGAACGCAGCCUGACGUCAGUGCCUCUUGGGAUGAAGGAGGGCUUCAAGGUCCUUUUUCUACAUAACAACCAGAUAAACAACGCUGGCUUCCCUUUGGAACUUCACAAUGUGGCCACUGUUGAGACGGUGUAUCUCUACGGCAACCAGCUGGACGAGUUUCCCAUCAACCUGCCUAAAAACACAAAGGUCCUGCAUCUUCAGGAGAACAAUAUCCAGACCAUCUCCAAGGCGGCCCUGGCCCAGUUGACUCGACUUGAGGAGCUGCACCUUGAUGAUAACUCAAUCUCCACAGUUGGGGUGGAGGAAGGGGCCUUUAGGGAGGCCAUAAGCCUCAAACUCCUCUUCCUCACCAAGAACCACUUAAGCAGUGUUCCCAUUGGCCUUCCCGAGGACCUAAAAGAGCUGCGUUUGGACGAAAACCGCAUCGCUCACAUUGCAGAGGAGGCCUUUCAGAAUGUGACACGUCUGCAGCGCCUCCUGCUGGACGGGAACCUGCUGACAGACGAGGGAAUCGCACCAGGGACUUUCCAGGACCUGGAAACCCUCCGUGAGCUAGCCCUGGCCCGCAACUCACUUACGUUCCCCCCUCCCCUCCUACCCAGCCAGUCACUGGUCAAACUGAGCCUGCAGGAGAACCAGAUCAACCAGAUCCCCGUGGCCGCCUUUGCUGACCUGAUCAGGCUGGAAAGACUGGAUAUCUCCAGUAACCAGCUUCAGACUCUGACACAAGGUGUGUUUGACGGCCUUCAAAGCCUUAGGCAUCUCAUGGUGCGCAAUAACCCAUGGCGUUGUGACUGUGCUGUGAAGUGGGUGGUGGUCUGGCUCAAGUCCUUGCCCUCCUCAAUCAACGCCCGGGGUUUUGUUUGCCUGAGCCCGGACAAAGUGCGUGGCAUGGCCAUUAGAGAGCUCACGCUGGAUAUCAUAGAGUGCCCGGUGGAAGCUGACCAGCCCCCAUGGCCCACCCUCCGCUCAACUCCCCCUCCCCCACCCACAACCACCCCGAUCAUCACCAUGUCCUCUACCCUCUUCACCACAGCCAUCCCUUACUACUUUGACUCUCCUGCCCCUCCCGCAACCCCAGUCCACAACAACCCCCCCGGGCCCCUGCCGCCUUACGAGGAUCCGCUUCAGAUCUCCUUCCAUGUGGUCAACUCGACCAGCAUUGAGGUGAGCUGGGCUUCCUACUUCACCGUCACAGCCUAUAAGGUCACUUGGGUCAAAAGGGGCCAAAGCCAAAUAAAUGAAGCAAUGCGAGAGAGGACGGUAAGUGGGGACCGCCGGCACAUUAGCCUCACCAAACUGGACCCCCGAUCUGUGUAUCGGAUCUGCGUGCAUGUGCUGGACACCCUUAACUCCUUCAGGCCCGGAGAGGAUACUAUAUGCUCCGAGGCCAGGACCAAGGCUGUUGUGGCUACGAAGCCUCCCGGCAGGGAGCAGGCUCCAAAGGAGAGCAUCAACUCCACGCUGCUGAUGGCUGGGAUCAUUGGCGGGGCGGUGCUCAUCAUCCUGGUUACGCUGCUCAGCUUGUUCUGCUGGCACAUGCACAGGAAGAGCCGGUCGUCUUCGACCAAGUGGAAAUACAACCGGGGCAGGAGAAAAGACGACUACGGCGAGGCUGGGACCAAGAAGGAUAACUCCAUUCUGGAAAUGACUGAGACUAGUUUUCAGAUAGUGGCACUGAACAAUGAGCAGCUGCUCAAGGGAGAUUUCCGCAUCCAGCCCAUCUACACACCCAACGGGGGCAUCGGAUUUAGAGACUGUCACCUCAGUAAUAACAGCAUAGCCUACUGCAAGAGCAGCAACGUGCCCAGUACAGAGUUCUGCCUCACGUGAUGCAGCAGCAAAUAGUUCAGCGGCAUUCACUCACACACAUCCUAGAAAAACUUAUUACAUGCAUAAACACACACAUGGCCGUUUGUGGAGACAACAACAAAAAUAUAAACAUUCUAGCGAAAUAUAACUGUACUAUAUAUAUUUCCAAGUUUCUGUCUACAAUGUAAUUUAUACUGUGGAUAAUAAUGUGGGAUUCUCUGCUAUCUUUUUUAAAAGAGAUAAAAGUGUUUCUUUUUUAUAACCAGCAGGGUUUUGAAAGUGGUUUUAAUGGCCAGUACUGUACAUGAACAUGGAUUUGUACAAUCCCGGCACCUCGUGAGUAGCUUUCUGACUGUCAAAUCUUGGGGCGCUUAGAAGACUGGGAUCCUUUGCUAACCACAGAAGCAAAAUAUGGCCUUUUUUGCUCUUUGGAACCCCGCGAGCCCUCCCGUCCAACACAACAGUAGUAAAGACAACACAGCACCGGAGAAAUCCAAACACUGCUGAUUAGCUCGCUGUGGAAAUACAGCACGAAUUCAUGGGUUUGGUGUGUUGUUAAAAAGGACUGAAGUGCACUUUCUUAUUAAUGGAAGCAAGACAGGAAAUGAGCAGAGGUGGCGAUCUCAUGUGAGGGAGAAUUUCAUCGGUGCUGUUGAAAGGCCUCGGCUGAGAUUUCCCAAAAGUGCCUUAACACUAAAAGCGUCUUUGUUUCCCUGGUUUACAGUUGAAACAAAGGUGGGCUUAGUACGGGAGACACUUUUUCUGGAAAACUCUGGAAUACGAUGUGUUGUUUUCAACACAUUUUAGUGAGGAGUUAUUAACACAAGUCUAAAACAAAGCAUUAUUGUCCUCAGUGAGGUGCAUGGAUGUUCUGAGACUCAGAUCCUUUUGAACAAAUUCCCUUUUUUUCUUCCCUGUUUGGUAAGUGAGGCCACAAGGGGGCAGUUUCCCCCAGUGUGUUGGGUGUGCGACAGGAACGCAGGGCAAGACAGACAGAGGGGGACAAAAAAGAGCUGCAUAGAUCACUACCUCCACUAUUCCCGUUGGAGUCCAUUACCCACACCACAUUACUCACGCUCAAACAGCAUUGUUUAGAGUAUUCCUGCUCAUCUCGCUACUUAAUGAUGUGCAAUCAUUUCAAACCAACAGUUUUCUGUGUUCAGUGGCUGAAUGAUAUUCAUUUUUGUCUAUUGAUUUUCACCACUGUGGUCUGUCGUGAAGGGAAAGCCUCUGUCCCUUUCUGUGUGUGUGGUGAGUGUAAUGCGUUAAUAGAAAGCACACACAUAAUGACAAUCCUACACCCACUUAUUUGGCCUGUGUCCCGGCGUUCAUUAGGCUCUGUGAUAAAUGAGGAAAUCCUCACAAAGCUCCACGGGGGGAGGCUCGUCUAGCGUCUCAUUGCUCACCCCUUUGUAGACGUUUAUGGUGCACUCACCUCAACAAUGCACCCGCUCACUCUACAUCAGCAGUCGCCACACUGAUGAUCCGCACCCUAUCUGCCAUUUUGUCCUAGCCCCGCCCCUAAUUUCCUAUAUAAGUUGUGGCGACAGCUUUCUGCAUGCACUGUGCCAGUGGGGUCCUCAUUAGGCAGUCUUGAGCAGACUUUAUUAGAUAUGACCAGAUCUUCUUUUGAGGGGCCAAGCUUAAAGAACUUCCCCACCCCCCUCCCCCCUUUCCUCCUCUCAUGGUCUACCACCAAAAAAGGGAGAAAAAUAUGUAGACCCUGAUUUAAUUUGGCUGCAUGGAGCACACACUGGGAGACAAGAAUGUCUGUUAACUCUUUGCGAGACGCACAGAGCCCACAUGAAUCCGGGCCGAACUAUCUAGGCAAAGAGAUUUUAAGGGCUUGUACUGGAGUUUUUCCAGAGCAUCGCCGAGGGUUUACCUCAGCAGUCGGGAUUUCUCAAAUGUAGCUGCAUUACUGUAAUUCCAGCAAUAGCUCCGAUCACCAUCCUCUUGAGCUUUAGUUUGAGGUGGUGCCCUGACCUCCACUGCCCCAAUGAACCAACACAUCAUUCUAGUCAUUGAAGGGAAGCCGUGCACAUCACGGUGGUUCACUUAAUGUCUUUAUAUCUGGUUUUCAUCAAGACAACUGACGCAUACCAAUUAGAAUAUUGAUACCACCCUGAUUGUACGCUAGAUAUGAAGUUAAUGAUAGCAGCUUGUUUAGACACAGAUUACUAUCUAAGAAAAUCUACCAUCAAAGCACAGUGUCAAUUUUACAGCUUGUUUUUUGUAUGUAUUAAACGAAUAUUUAAGAUAUGCUGGAUCUUGUUACUUUUGAACAGUCAUAGGCUAGCUGUUUCCUAGAUGCUAAGCCAACUCUGCUAAUGUUAGCUUCAUGUUUAAUUUACAGUCAUGUAAUGUACAGAACCUUUUUUGACAUUUUUCAACAAAGUCAAAAAUAAAGUAGGAAUUCUUAAGUUGAUUUGGGAUGCCAUUAGCGUACCAAGAUCUUUUGUGGUUAUCAAUGCAUCUCUCUUUAAUUUAAUCUGUUUCUACUAAUACCCACAGCUGACCAUAACCCCACACAGACACACUUCAACAUUAAAAUAAAUAUUAUUUAGUCACUCUUUUUUUUUUUUGGAAUGGAAGCCCUAUUUGUUAAGUUAAAUGCUGAUCAAACAGUAAUGGUUGGGCGGUAGGGGGGGUUCAAAGAGUUCCAACAUAUAGCAUCCCCUCUCUUUCUGUGAAUCUGUAAUAGAGACCCAGCUGAUAUUUGCCUUACCUUUUAUGCAGGACUGAAUGAUGAGCUCACGGAGCCUUUAAGUGGGAGGAAGACAAGAUGUAAUGGAAUGAGAAGGCUAAAAAGAAAGCACAUUUGUCCAACUUUUUACAGCUGUGGCGGCGGCGACCACAACUGUAUGAACACGAAGCACCAAGCAUGUACGCGCUGUAGCUUCCGACAGGCUGUUUUUCCACAUUUUAAGCAGUGCUCAACUAGGAGUAAUGUCCGCUGACUGAAUCCUCAGCUCUCUUUUGGCGUUAUGAAAGAAUGGGGAGGUGGAGGCGUGACCAAUGGAGUUACACAAAAUGUAUCACAGAGUGCUAACAUCAGGUUAUUCCGUUUUCAGGAGGCUAAUUAAUUAAUCUGAAAGCUCAUUGAAUCACGUUGAAAUGAUCACGUUUCAUCUCUCAGAGGUCAAAUCAAAGAAAACACACAAGGGGUUGAGAACGUGUAAAUUGGUAUUUUCUUCCUUCAGGCCCAACCUUCACUGCUAAUAUCCAUCAGACAGAAACAUUCAUCAAAGGGGUUUUGUAUGUACUGUAUUUAGCUUUGUUCUUUUUUUUCAUACUGGGUCUUGGACUUUUUUUGUGAAGCAAUCCCCCACUGGUGGUUGAGGUGCCGUAUGAGCAGGUUGAGAGGGAGAAAGGCUUCAGACUUUCAGUGCAUGUGAAACAGCCGUGAGGGUGCUGGGGGGGGGGGGGGGGGGGGGGUUCUACUCCCCAUCAGGAAGCUACAGUGUCAUAUUAGCAGCCCACACUGCGUUUUCUUAGGAACCAAAGUUAAAUUUCUGUUCUCAUGAUGAAAUAUUGAUGUUGUUCCAUGUAUGUGCCUUGAGGGUGAACUUACAAUGUAAAGUCCUUGACAAACCUUUAAAUGUUUUUGCACAAACUGUAAAUACUUAAGUGAAGCCUUUUGACAAUAAAAGAGCCAUUGGAUUUGA